AUGUUUUCUCUGGACAGACAGUCGGCAACUUUGUUUUCUUUCCCUGCUUUAUGUCUUAUUAUGAAGUCAAAGUCUAGUAUUUUUAAUGUUAACCUGGCUAUUCUGGCAGAUGGUAUUUUUAAGUUUUUGUACUAUUGUAGGCUAAUGUUGUCUGAGAAUACUGUGAAUUUCCGUCCCCAUAAGAAUUCUUUGAAAUAUGUUAUUCUGAAUACUAAACCUAAAAGCUCUAGAGUUGUGGAUGACUAUGUUUUUUCAGAGUCUAGUACUUUUCGUGAUGCAUAUCCUAUGGGUCUUAAAUUGUUAGUUUCGUCUGGUUGUUCUAGUACAGCUCCGAGGCCGAUUAUGCUGUCGUCUACUGUUAGAUAA